AGACCGCGUCCUGGCUAAAAUCGUUCGAUCCAAUGCCAUAAAUCAAAUGGCAUAAUUGUGCGUGCGUGUGACCAGCGUCUAACGGGCAUCCUGCAGCGUUGCGUGCCACCGAAUCUCGAGUCUCUGGACCACAACAAGCGGACAGGUGGUCCACCCAAAGGGGGAGCUUGGCGGAUUAUGUCUUUAUAGGCACGCCAGAGUCAACAAAUCCCCGCAACAAAUGAAGUGCCGCCGCAUUUGAUUAGAAGCAAAGACUACUAAACGCCGCCCCCCCCAAAAGCCGCUUAAUUUCUGGCCGUGAGUAGCAACAACAACAGCAGCAGCAGCGCUGAGAAGCAGCUCUCCCCCGCAUCGAUUGCCCAAUACACAAUCUGCUAUGAAGGCAACGUCCAGCAGCACCCCGCCCACCACCAGCAGCAGCAGCAGCGCCGCCAGCAGCAGCAGCCAUCCCCAGGAGCUAUCCCUGGCGGCGGCGGCAGCGGGAAUCGGGACGGCUGCAGGGGCGAGCACCUCGAAGCCGCACCGGCUGGCCAAGGUAUCGUUCGCGCCGCUGGAUAUCGGCGUGCCGACGGUGGCCACGUGAUACGCGAACACGAUGACCCACCACAACAUCGUGUGCGAGUGGCUGCGCACCAUCGGCCUGGCCCAGUACGGGGAGAGCUUCCUGGAGAACGGCUACGACGAGCUGGAGAUCUGCAAGCAGAUCGGCGAGAUCGAUCUGGAUGCCAUCGGCGUGGACAAUCUGUCGCAUCGCGGCAAGCUGCUGAAGAGCGUUCGCAUGCUGCGCGAGAAGGGGGCGGCCAUUGUCUAUGUGCUCAUCAAUGACCCCAAGGCGCUCAGCAACAGCAACGAGAUCCUGGCCUCCGACUGUGAUACGCCCGUGACCAUGAAGGAGCUGGAGGCGGUCAUGAAGCGGCACCUCGAGGCCGAUGGCAUCCGCCUCACCGCCCACCCGUACUCCACACCGGAGGGCAAACGUGGAUAUCUGGAGGGUUUGGCUGCCCACUACAGCAAGCAGAUCAACAUGCCGUACGAGGACGUGCUGGAUGCCAUCGAGCAGGUGCGCCUGUCCAAGUGGAAGGAGCGGCAUGUGCGCAUAUCCACGGGCCACACGCUCACCCGCCGCCUGGCCGGUGCCAGCAGCAGCACCAGCACCAGUUCCGGCGGUGGACUGGUUAGCUCCUCCGUCCUGCCCACCAGCCACAGCCAGCCGCUGUAUGUGCCCGGCAAGUACUUGCCCUCCAGCUGCCUUUCGAACCGCGAGGAGAACGAGAUCUACAGCUACACGCAGAACGAUUUGGCCAAUCGCAUGGCCCGCAAUGCCAUCGACUCCAAGUCGGCCCUCAAUCUGAAUGGGAUGCAGCACAGCUAUCCGGGGGCUCGGACCAAUUUCUUUUACGACUUUUCGGCAACAGAGGGUCGCAACAAGCACAAGCAGCGGCGCACGGUCUUUGCCCGUUUCCUGCAGGGCCUGCGGCAGAGCGGAGACGAGCUGAACGCCACCGAGGGAAUGCAGCUGAAGACAAACGAGCGACUGAGGGCCUGCAGCACCAUGAAGCGACCUGAGCCGCAUCAGGACUUUGAGAAGACCAUUCAGAGACUGAAGACACAAAAGGCAGCCCAAAAGAAGCCCGCCAGCGCACCCAUGGACAUUGCCCUGCACGAACGGAACAAGGAGGUGGCCCUGGCCCAUGCCCACGUCAAUGAGAUGCCGCUGAAUAACUACACGAAGCAUCCCUAGGAUACGGCCCUAAGCAGCGCUGCUGCUUAAGUUCAACGAAAUACAACCCCCAUAGGCAUUGCAAUCAAUCUUUCAAUCAGGUGAUACACAUAUGUUAGGCAAGCAGGAACCCGAGCGUAGUCUACUCGUAUAGGAAGAGGCUUAGCACUUAGGGAUAGGCUAAGUAACGUAACGAAGGCAAUCGGCAAUCGGCUGACCAACGAAAGGCAAUAUGUAUAUCGAUAUGUAUACCAUAGAUUAAGUUGAGUUUAACUUACCUCUAGAACUAAUUGAAUGACCUAGAACCUUACCUGAUCGCCACCUGAACUUGAGCUCUCCUCUCGUGUAUAGUCACCAUGUAGGAUAGAACCACCUCCCCCCUCCACGCUCCUCUAUAUAUAACUCACUUUAUUUCGUUUGCACCCUUGCCCCGAUCCCGAACCCGAACACUCACAGCAUUCCCACUCAAAAUCGUCCACAGAAUCAAUCAGGAUAUGCUCUUGCCCCGAAGUCUAUCAACAAUUAUUUCGAAACACCCCGAGAAACACACACAGACAGACAGACAGACAGACAACAGAGUCUGCGAAUGCAGCGCCAACUACGCAGGGAAAUGUUGACAAAACGCAAAAAUCCAACAAGCUUAACGCUAAAUCAACACUCAUACAGACCGAGAGUGGGCACACACACACAGACCCAUACACGCAUUCCAACGCAGGGAGAGAGGAGAAACAUACGGAGGAGAACUCUCCCACAGAUAGGGAGUCCGAGCGAGCCCCGGCAAACUUGUGCUAACCGCAGACGUUGCACAGACAGACCAGCAGACAGACGGUGCGACAGACUGUGGCAUUUCCGUUUCAACUUGGCAUUGCAUCGAUUUUGGUCUUUGGUUUUUCGGGUGGUGCGUGUAGCGUGGUGCAUGGUGCAGCUGCAGCUGCAGGCGGCCUUUGCCAUUUGCCUUUUUUGCAUUUUAAUUGCAUGUUGCGCCCGAAAGUAUGCAACGAACUUGCCCCGGACUCACAUCCAUGUGCAGCAGUGUGGUGUGAUGUGGUGCGGUGGUAUGUGUUGCACGCAUCUCUCCUCCUGCUGAUGCUGCGACAGAGAAUGCGAUUUGCAUUUUUGAGCCUUGCAAAGGCAUUCGAAAUUCGUUUUUAAUUUUGUUUGCUUUUUGGCCAGGAGGCAUUCACCAGCCGUUUCGAUGAUGGCCGGCCGCAGUGGCUCGCGGUUGUCUUUGCCAUUUGCCAAAAACUCUCGCUGGGAGAAAUCCCCCGAAACAGCACACUGCCCGAGCGCGUAUUAUUAAAUGUCUGGGACUGUCGCUGGUGCCGAAAUUGAAACAUUUAGCGGCUACGUGAGCCACAGUGGAUGUGGAAUCCAGUGCGUGCCAACGUUGCUCGUUUCCGGUGCCGCUUCUAGCCAAAAUUAGCUUAAGCACUUAAGGCACAAAGCGGUUUCGUUUGGGUCCCCCCUAAAAGUUUGGUCGAGUCUUGAAGGUUUUGCGUCAGCAUUUCCAUUGAACAAUUUACACACUCGUGCGAGUACAGGAAUAUUCAUUUAAUUGAUAGAAUAGGUUUUUUUAUUUUUAUUUGGAUUGGUUUUUAGCUUGGGUUAACGUGCAAUUAACUCUGCCAGGCCUCGAUGAUCAUUUUAUUUAAAUUGAAUUAAGUGCAACAGUGCCUCCGCCUCUCCAUACCCCACAGCCAGCCAGCCAGCCAUCCAGCAAUAGUGAAAAUAGCAUAGACAAACAAACAAACAAAAUGCAAACAGUGAAAAAAGGUGAAAUUAAAUAUAGGCAAAGUGAAAACAAAGCAACACAACUCUGGCCGGUGCCGUGCAGUCAAGUGUAAAAUGGUGCGCCAGCUUAAUAUACAUACAUAUACAAAACAUACAUAUAAUAUAUACAUACAUACAAAUACGGAUAAGCAGAUACAUAGUUAUACAGAGAUACACAGCUACAGAUACAGAUAUUCUCAAAUAAAUGGCUAGAAACAAUGCGAGCCAUCAGCAGAUACAUAAAUACAUACAUAAACAUACAGAUACAGUUACAGUUACAUUGAGCAAUUCAUCAACCAUUUAAGUGUAAAAUGGUUAAAACAAAGUCAAAUUUGUAUUUAAUGCUCCCUUAAAUUUCAACAAAUGAUAGCUACGAGUAUAUGUAUUAACUAAAUCAGGCGGAGGAAUCAUUUGUGCGUAAGCCCCAAUCAGAAUUUAAAUUAAGCAUUCCAUAAAUCAAUAUGACCGAGUUUUUGGGUACCGAGAGACAGACUCUCAGCAGAUGCACGGCAAUCGGGAGUUGCUCAAGCAAAUGACAGAAUUAUGGCCAAGUGCACUCAGUAGCACCACAAAUCAUAUCGAAUAAGGACAGAUAAAGCCCACGGAGAGGGCCCGCAGAAAGACUUCCCUUCACAAUGUGUUCAGUUAAGCAAUUAGGCUACAAAAUCAAUGAAUAGCCAUAUAUAUUUAUUAGUUUACCAUGAAUAUUGAUGACUUUCACAUCAUAUAUACAUAUAUACACGAAUAUAUAUAUAUAUUUACUUGUAGCUACAUAUAUAUUUACAAUUAAAGUCUAUGGACAAUGGUCGACAAAUUUCAAUUUACAUACGUAAGUGUUUAAGCAAAAUGCCAAAAGCAUUUCAAAUGCAAAUGGAGAAAAAUGUACGAAUAAGUCAUGGAAAAAAAUGAAAUAAAAAAUACACACAUACAUACAUACACAUAUAUAUAUAUACAAAUUGAUUGCAAAAUAAAUAAAUAAUAUUUAUGAAAAUAGAGCACGCGUGAAAGCGUGUCAAAAUUAUUUGACUUCCAACCACACACACCACACACACACACACCCAUGUACCCAUGCAAAUAUGUAUAUGAAUAUUUACUGAUAUAUGUACAUAUGUAUGUAUGUACAUGUGUAGUGUUAUGUAUACACACCAGGCCCAUAUGUAAACUUAAAUAAAUAUUUAGCAAACGUAUGUCGGUAUGUCGGAAUAUGUUGAAUUUGUAAUCGGAAAAAAAUAUAACAAAAAAAAAAAGGUAUGCAAAAUCUGCAUAUGUUAUGUGGGAACUUUUACAGUCAAUUGAAUCCUGCAUUUUUUUAAGUUCUAUUCGAAUAGAAAUAAAGAGAGUUUUUCCACACCAAAA